AUGCCAAAGGCUGAGACAGAGACCAACAACUGGAAGAAUAUGAAACCACUCCAAGCGACUGCCAAUUUCGGUCUCUCACAAGCAGAGCCCUCCUACCUAAACUUCAUCCGCCAAAACGCCUCCAAACAAGUUGCCAGCUAUUUCAGUCGCGCAUUCUGGGACCAAAUGGUCCACCAAGUCGGCGAGUCACAGCCUGCAGUUCGCAAUGCGGAAAUCGGAGUUGGUUUCAUGCACUGGAACUACGAGAUCCGGGAACUCGGCCGUGAGAAUCGGUCAUUGCCACUGCAACAGUGUAGCAAAGCUUUCGGUCAUCUACAGAAGACACUCUCGGGCAGCUUAUCUAGCAGCACGCAGAUAGAGACAGUACUAUGCUCUUGUAUUGUCCUGGCGGCGUCGUCCAUGAUACAAGGCGAUGCCCGAGCAACGAGUUGCCACCUCGGACCUGAAUGA